UGAGUGCAGUGACACUGUCAACUAUGAACUGAAGUUAGUAUCAUCAGAUCUUUUAUUUCUACCUAAAAACAAUGACAUUUUUAAGUAAUUUUAGUACGAAAAAGUGUAAGCAUUCAGCAAGAAUUCCUAUCAAAGCAUUCUGCAGCUCUCCUUGAGCCCUCGGUUGAAAGAUCCUAACCUAACAAGUUGUGUUUGUUAUGGUAAUCUGUAGUUGACUCCUGUUUACAGCUUUAGUGCUCUCAGUUUUCAUUUCAACUUGGAGAAAUUUUUUCGAUAUGUAAUUGAAUUUCAUUCAAAUUCCCAAGUAUCGUAGCGUCAUCUAUAUGCAUGAUCAAUGUGCCAGCGGUCACCCAUGAAUCAGUUCUCCGAUGGACUCACGCCUCGUUGGUCCCAUUUGACUAUUCUAAUGCAGACCAAGCUCACCAAGCUGUAGUUAAAGACGUUACGUUUGUUAUACACACCUCAUGAAAUCCCUACAGAUAUGAUUUACUCCUGAAAAUUCAGCCCUCAAGCAAGACAUUAUCAACAUGGAAGUAGAUACCAAGAUGAUAAGACCGUUCACAACCCCACGGUUGAACAAUUAUGAAGUAAUAUCAAGGAAUCGAAAGCUUACCUGUCAUAUCUGCCAAAAGGAUCUCACUUAUGUUGCCAGUUAUUACAACCAUCUCUCCAGACAUCAUACCAAGGCUGAUCUGUCGCUAUGUAUCUUGGAACUAUCAAAAUUAUUGGCCCCAAAAGCAAGCAUCUCAACCACUUCUAGUGUCUCCUUAGAAAGUGACGGAGGUACUUUUGUCUGUAACAACACUCCUGAAGUUGAUGAUAAAAUCAUUAUCGAUAGUCAAACACAGCACACUGAAUUGUCAUCUUCAGAUGGAAAGAAUGACUCAGAAAGUAUCAGCUCAAACUUAAACCUGACUUCAUCUAGUUCAUGCAAGGUUCACCAUUCCUCAAGUCAGUUGAAUUUGCUGACUGAAAAUCGCAUUGAGCUUGAAGGCAGUAAGAAAAAUUCAGCUCAAAGUUCUACAAGUCUGAAAGAACUCAGCAGUAUUCCAAAAGAAAAUGGCUCAGAAAUUUCCGCCACAAAUUCGUGUGAGCCAAAAUCUGCCAAUGAGGAACAAAUUUCGUUCUGUAGCAAUUUGGGAUUGGGACGACUCAAAGUGUCCGAUGAGCCUAACAGUUCCACCCAUCAGCCUGCCGAUAAUCCUGGACAAAAAGAUGUCGAUUCUACAAAGAAAGAUACAUAUGAUUCUAAGCUAUCAACCAAUUUUAUCGUACCUGACAAGUUUUCUGCAGAAGAACCUGUAACGAAAGAUGAUUGUAUUUUCGAGCCCAACUUGUCACCACUCAUAGAAAAACUUAUAAGCUCUGGGCCUAUUUCCGCAAAGGAUGCAUCGCCAGAAGUUGCUACAGAACUAAACCUGUCCAAUCUCUUGAAAACCUCCUCAUGGGCUGAGGCAAAAGCUAGGAGCCCUGCAGGAACCACUGUGCCGAGCUCGAAGAGAAAGUUUUCAGAUGAAGGUGGAUCAAGACUCUCAACCUCCGUAAGUAAGUUAUACUCAAGGGUUUUUGAAAGAAUAAAAAAGAAACCAAAGUUAAUUCCAGUCAAAACCAAAAUGACUUUCAAGGUGUCUCCAAGAUGUGAUUCAACUCCUAAUUCUUUUGCUACUAGUGUGUUGGAGUCAUCCAGUGGAACUUCUAGCAGCUUAGUUGAAGCGAGUAAUCACAACUCUGUUCGUGAACAGUGUGGCACCUUGAAUCUUUGCAGCCAGCCUCAUGCUUCACACCGUGACCUUCAGACAUCGGAGGGUGCUUGCAUUAACUCUCUGCAGUCGGAUCAUAUUUAUUGUAACAGCAGAUCGGGGGAUGAUUUUGAGCAUUGUCUUUCAGACAGCUCAGGAAAGGGAUCAAAGUCCAGGAGUGGUUCAGAUCCACAGCUGCCAGGUAAAGCUGAUGAUAUUGAGGACAACAGACUACUGUCUCAGGUCUCCACUGAAGUAGAAGUGAUAAGGAUUGGAAAGAAUCUCUCCACGCAGAGAGAAGGAAGUUCAAAAAUGGCAAGUUGUUGUGAUGACAUUCAGUCAGUUGAAUAUGCCAGUGAAAUGCCCAGUCCAAUUGAAAAAAUUCAUAAGAAUCAAACUUUAGUUAAAAGUCCUCAGGGCGGAGAUCCAAUCAAUCUUACCAAAGCAAUAAGUAAUGGGUCUUUAUCGGACAGUGUCUCCAAAACCCCACAAAAGGAUAACGCACUCCGAGUUGUCAAUAAGUACGUGCGUUUAAAUAGUAAACAUGAGCUGCUGCGAAACUUAAAAACUGAGCCGCCAUCUUCAACCAACAAAAUUAAUGAGAUAUCACCAGGCGAUGAGGCUCAUGAAGCAGCAGAGAUCCCUUCCAACAACCAUGAUGAAAUAAAAGCGCCUGAUGAAAAUAAACCAUGUUCUGAUUCUCAAAGCUCCACGACUGGAAUCAGUCUGCUCAAAACGAGUGAAAAAAGUGCUGAAAAAUUUGAUGUUGCUGAAGGUGCAGUUUUGAAAACUAAUCGCGAACUCAGUAUCGGAAAACCUUCAACGACAUCACGUUCUCCUCAGUUUGUUGAUUCAAAUGGUGUCGUGUGGGGGAUUGUGGAAAUUGACACUGGUACUUAUCCUCUUAAAGUUUUGAAACCUAUCAAAAUUCCGGACAACGGGAAAACCGACAGUUCGGCUCAAGAAAAUAUCACAACUCACAAGGCUGGUUCCAUGAAACGGAAAAGCAAAACCCCGAGAAAAAAUAAACCGCCUUUGAAACCAGUGACUCUAGAGCAGAAGAUGAAAAUGAAAAAUCCUGCUUUCAGAAAUGAUGGAAACUCCUGUAUCGAAAUGGAGUCUACCAGAAUGGAUAAGAACAAACUAGACGAGCAGUUGAGUGAUCGUUCCGAAAUCAGCAACCAAACAUCCAGCAUUCCUUUCAGAAAUGGAGAUUCUCAUUGCAAAUCAAAUGAGCCCCGCUCCAAAAUUGCCCCCAAAGGAAAAAGUCUUAUUGAAUCAAGUUGCACUGAUUUAGUUCCUUCCUCGAUGAUCACAACUGAAGAAAUUGACCCAGUCUCUGACGAGGAAACAGAUAACUCUCGUUGCACUUGUCUCAAGAGUAAAGGAAUAGAACGGAAUAGCUCCAUUGCAUCUGUCUCAGAUACUAAAACUUGUGAAAUGAGAAAACAGUGCAUGAACUCGAAUCCUGAAGGACCAAUUGUAGUACGUGCCAUCAGUGAUACGUGCCAUUUAAGUCAUCAAAAUUCAUGUUGUUCUGCGAAUAGAAGCUGUGUCGCCCCAUCAGAAAAAUAUUACAUGUGUAGUCAUUGCCUCAAAGAGUUUUCGCGAAAAAGUCAUCUAAUUCGCCAUCAUCGCUCACACUUCGAUGAAAGACCUUUCGAAUGUGAUACCUGUCAUAAAAAAUUCACUACCAAAGCCAUCUUGAAACAGCAUGAAAGGCUACACAGCGGUGAAAGGCCGUUCGCUUGCUCUUUUUGUAAUAAGACGUUCUCGCAGAAAUCGAGUCUUCUAACUCAUACCAUGCUCCACAGUGGGAAACCUUUUAAGUGCUUCUUUUGUCGUUUAGCUGUUGUUUCCAAUCACAAGUUGCAACGACACCUGAGGAGGCAUGAAAUAAGUGACAGUGGACUUUUCUGUUGUGCGUGUGAUUCUCAGUUCACAGUGGAAAGCACUUUCAGAGAACAUUUGGCCAAGGUCCAUAAUUAUCCACCAGAGUUCAGAAUUGUGAAAGUGGGAAGCAUACUUGAGGAAGAGAAGAAAAGGAAGAGGAAGAUUAAUAAAAAGCUACUGAUCACGUAAAUAAGUUCAUUAAAAUCUGAAGUAGUUCAUCCUUUUAAGAAAUGUGUAUGGAAAUGAUACUUGUGAAGAAAUCUCUAAUUUUAUGAAAGAACAAUUUUUUAUGAAGAUGUAACUAAUUUUUCCCCCCUUCGAGUUUUGCUUUAGUUCAACCUUUCUCAGACUGGCCCUCAGGUGAUUCACUCAUGAUGAUCAUUGAAUACAUGUAACAACCACCUUUCGAACUAUUCUUUUUUUCUUUCCUCCUAUUUUUCCCGAGAUAUGGACCAUUUUGUUUUUCUAGCUGUAGAUGAAUUUUUUCUUUACUUGUUUUAUCCGGCUAAUACAUGCUAUGCCUUAGUUAAUUCACCUCAAUAUUUUACCUCGUCACUCAAAAGGGUAUUAAGUAUAAGCAACCAUAGGAGAUUAUUUCUCUCUUGCAACGUGCACAGAAUGAACUUCUUCAAGUAUAUCUCACAGUGGAAACGUUUCAAAAGAUCUUUGUUUAUUCCUGAAUCAGAACACACAAAAAAUCCUUUUUCCGAAAAAAAUGCAAGAACAAAGUUCAAUAGCCAUUUAAAAACUACUCUUACCCACUUACAAGAUCAUCAUUUUACAACAGGAAGCCACCAUUUUUUACUUUUUUGUAACAGCACAAAAGUUUAUAGGGAACCAAUGGCAUCAAUGUUGUUUCUAAAAUGAGGUAGGAAUUCUACCGUGCUGAG